CUGAGACCAAACAAGUGGUGGCGUGUAAUUCAAAGACUCCACUCGAACUGGCCAUGCAAUACAUAAACCACAUUAUUUCUGCGUGGUUGCUUUUUACAAUAAGCCCAUGGGGAGCGGACGCGUUGAUACCCAAAGUUUGUAUGCACAAUAUCACUGCUGUUGGCGGAAGUGGUGUGUGUUGUCCGAUUCCCAAAGGAGCUAUUCACCCCUGUGGUGGAGUUGGCAUAGGAACUUGUCAACGGCAAUACAUCCAAUUCGAACAGAUUCCCAAACAUAAUCUUCGGGAUGACCGACUGCAUUGGCCAUCGAGGUUUUUCAAAUACACUUGCCAGUGUGAAGGAAACUAUUUUGGCGUGGGCUGUGAGGAAUGCUAUUAUGGAUGGAAAGGUCCAUUGUGUAAUAAGCGUGAGAAGGUGCUGCGGCGAAACGUGAUGUCCUUUACGAAAAAGGAAAAGCGUAUGUUUGUUGACAUUGUAGCCCACAUGCCUUUGACAUACACUGACUAUGUGAUUAUACACGAAGGAGACAGAUAUCACUCUGACCCAUUGUGGAAGCCUAGGUUUAUGGACGUUCAUCUGCAGUAUCUGAUUGCCUAUCUGCACGAGUAUGCUAGUCGGGGAACUCUGUACAAGGAUGAUUUCAGUUGUCGUUUCCACAAAAAACUUGACAACAACCAUCAUGUAUUGGGAUUCGCAACAUGGCACCGGUACUUCAUGCUGGUUUGGGAGAGGCAGCUACGCAAAAUUGCGACCGAAUUAUAUGGAUGGAGGGAUUUCGCCGUCCCUUACUGGGACUGGGUUGAUGCAGACAAAUGCGAAGUUUGUGUAAACAGUUUGGUGGGUGCUCCCGGUCCGUUUGUCGACGGGAUACGUUUGAUCCACCGAGACAGUCCAUUCUCGAACUGGACGGAGCAAUGUUCUCCCCCUAGGUCUGGUGGCAACUGCAUUUCGUGUCAUUCAGCCUGGCCAAAUUUCAAACCUUUGAAUCGACAUUACAAACAAACGGCAUUCCCAACUACCAGAGAUUUGCAAUUCACCCUCAGCCGUGGGUCUUUCUAUCUACCUCAAAAGGAGGAAGAUGACAAAAAAUGCCGCGGUUUUCAUCAGGCACUGGAAGGCUUUUGUUCAGCUCCUGGAACAAAUGAAGAAAACCUAUUCAUGCACAACAAAGUUCACAAUAUGGUACACGGAAGCUUCUGUUGCGCUAGCACGGCAGGUAAUGAUCCAUUGUUCCUCCUCCAUCACAGUCAGAUCGACCGAAUAAUGCAGGUCUGGUUCGAGCACUACCGUCCAAGACCCACGGAAUAUCCAAACCACGGUGUAGACCUGGGAAGUUGCCGCGAGUGUAAUAUUAUUGGGUUCAUACCGACCAUCCGACAUGUUCAAAUGUUUGUUGAUCUUCGUCAGCUGGGCAUCUACUAUGACAAUUAUCACUUCGGGAAACAUGGCUACCACGGAGAAGAGUUCAUCAAACAUGGACCCUCUUACUAUAGGGAUUUAUGAUUAGAGGGUCCAUUGUCCGAGCCUCAUAUGCAUGUCUACCUAAUAUUUUGCGUCAUCAGUAAUAUAAUACAUUCCUUAUAACAGCACGCUGGCCAUUCGUCACUCGCUGGCACUCACAGCGGGUUGUAUCAUGUGCAUAUCCUCUCAAUAUACGUCGUUUGUAAAC